UCGAAUCUCCCUUCUCCGUAUCUUGCUGCCAUGACGGACCUCACUCCACUACCCUCACCCUCAGUCAAUAUUUCGACCGACUCGUUCUGGCGCAAGCGACGCAUUACAGCAUCGGGUCGAUCGAGGGACAACUCUCUGGGCGAACAGACUCCUCGGCAACCCACAUCACAGCCCACGUCUCCGGAGUCGCCGUCGACGAGGAGGAAGAAGGGUUAUGGGAGUUUGAUGCAAGAAGCUGCAAUAGCCAAUGCGGCGGGUCUGGCGGGAGCGCAGGAUAACAGCAAAGGCAGCACACAAGCGCAUGGUCGGACCAGGAGUAUAUCAGAUUUCGUUCCUGAUCAAUUGCACAACGUCAGACCUCGCCACGUCACAUAUGGUGCAAGCGGUGGUGCGGUGCAAGAUACGGCAGAGUAUCACAUGCAGAGGGAGGCAUACUUGGCGACUCAGCGAGGAUUGACAAGCACGGCUCCUCCAGCACUUGCUGGUGCCGAGAGAGAGCAUCUUCCCACACCACCACCGAGUUCCUCGAGCGGGACGGGGAGUGACGAAGCGGAGGAGGAGCCUCCUCAUCUGGAGGAUGGUACUGCUUCUGAGAUACUUGAGGUUCAUUGUGGCAUCCACGAUAAGCGGAGGAAAUUCCGGCCGCUUCGUCAACUCGGUCAAGGUACCUUUUCAACCGUCAUGCUGGCAACCCGUGAACGCAUUCCCGCGCAUCCCACGCCUGAGAUUGAGGACCACCUAGAUCCACACCAACUAGUCGCCAUCAAAAUCGUCGAGCACGGACCUGCUGGAGGUGCCGAUGAGGAGCGCAUUGAAAUCAGCCUCAAGCGCGAAGUCGAAAUGCUCAAAAGCAUAUCUCACCCUUCUCUCGUCCACCUCAAAGCCUGCGAAUAUCAACCUUCCCGCGCUCUGCUCGUUCUCUCUUACUGUCAAGGCGGCGACCUCUUCGACUUUGCCAGUCAAAAACGAGACCUCCUGACUCCUCAUCUCGUGCAGCGCAUGUUCGCCGAACUUGUCAGCGCUGUGCGAUAUCUGCACACUCAAGGCAUCGUACAUCGAGACAUCAAACUCGAGAAUGUCCUCGUCAACCUCCCCGAGUCCGCUCUUCAAUCUCUCCCCGAUCCACGCACGCAUCCCACACCAAUCGUCAUCCUAACCGACCUCGGUUUGUCCAGACGCAUUCCCGAACCACCCGAAUCACCUCUCCUGACCACCCGCUGCGGGAGCGAAGACUACGCCGCGCCCGAAAUCCUGCUCGGCCAACCCUACGACGGCCGCUUAACAGACGGCUGGGCCCUCGGCGUGCUCCUCUACGCACUCAUGGAAGGCCGCCUACCCUUCGACGCACCACCCGGCAAAAUCGAUCGGAGUCGAAACACGCACCGCAUCGCUAGGUGCGAUUGGAUCUGGUGCCGAUUUGGAGACGACGAUGGCGAUUGGGAUGCUGGGAGAGGAAAGGAGUGGGAAGGCGCGAGGCCUUGUGUCGAGGGGUUGUUGAAGAAGGUGAGGAUGGGGAGGAAGGGGUUGGAUGUCAUUGAGGGGUUGGAGUGGGUGAAGAGUGGGAUUGCGGUGGAGGGUGGGUUGCAGGUGAGGGAGGAG